AUGUGUGACGUGUUUCCCGCAGCUUCUCCUGGAUCCAACAUUCCUCACCGCUGCAACAGCACCAGACAUCGCAUCAUCUCGCCCAAACUGCCCACCCCUCACCCCGCCCUCAAUGAGCUGAAGAAUCCUUCUCUGCGGGAGGCGGGACCGGGCGAUGCGUUAGUCGCUGUUGUACCUUCAGAGAGGAAGCAGCCUGAAGAGGGUGGGAGGGGCGAUGAUCCGGGCGGCGUGGCUUCCCCAUGCUCCGCCUCCUCCUCGUCCUCCAGUCCACCCCAAACGCAGCGGGCGGGGACAAUCGCUCUUAGCAACGGAAAUGGAUUCUAUGGUGACCAGCGGGGUGGAUUGGCAGCAGUCAUUGUCAUGACGACAGCAACCCCGGUGGGGUGUGGCUAUGGGGAGGAGCCAAAUGCUGAGUUAGGCUCCACCCACCUGUCAGUCACCCGUGCCGGCGGACGUCUCGUUCUAUCUCCUGUGCCGUCCAAACAGGACACGCCCUCCCCAACAAGCUCCGCCUCCCCACCUAGCCCCGCCCCUCCCAAUCAAGGCGUGGCCACGCUUUCACUCACUUUCCUGCCCAGCCCUGUGAUUGGAGGACUGCUGCUGACUGAUACCCCUGGGACAAUCCUGCCCCCAAACCCGACGUCGCCAUCACCCUCGCUGCUCCCAUUUGACCCUGACUCCUUCCUAAACAGCCCCAAACAGGGGCAGACCUACGGAGGACCCGGCCUCACACCUCACUCAGUCUCCGCCUCCUCUUCCCCAUCUCCACCUCCUUCAAUAUCUCCUCAGCCACUGUCUCUUGCUCUGUCUCUUUCUCCCACAUCUCCUCCAUCGUCUCUAUCCUCUCUCUGUUCUGAGACGGAGAGGAAGAGUAUUCCGGGUCGUCCCUCGUCCUCACUGUCUUUUUCACUCUCUCCGACGCGAACGACUCCCGCGCUGCUCCCGCUGUGUCUGGAGAUGUCUUUAGGACUAGAUUCUUUGAGUUCUCCUCUAUCUGUCCCACCCUCCGACGACAGAGCUCCUCCCACUGGAUUCACUGCUCAAGUCCCGCCCGGUCAUCUCCUAACCAAUCCUCUCUCGCCCGCCACCCAAAUAACAUCCUCUCUUGAGGUGCUGCCAACCAAUCAGCUGCCACCAGAGGGAGAAAAGGCGGAGUCACAGCACUCCAUGUGCAUUCAACCUUCGAAUCAGACACCACCCCCAGCCACACCCCCAACUGUGAGUCCUGUACAAGUGAAGGAGGAGCAGUCUCCGCCCACUCAUUCACAUUUCGAAUCAGAAGUCACGCCCAUGGACACCACCCACUGCGGCCAUAUAGACGGAGAGGAGGCUGGGCUUACAUUUGACUCCGCCUUCCCCGACCUCAUAUCUGAGCACAUUAUAGAGGAGCCUGUCAGUCACCAUCCCACCCUGGCUCCGCCCGUUUACCCCAUCCGCUACAUGGUUCCUCCUCAGCCGACACCGUCCACCUCAUUCCUGCCCUUCCCUCUUCUUACAAACCCUGGAGGAAACCCAGCAGAAACCCAGCGGCUGGCCAACAUCACAGACUUCUCGCCCGAAUGGUCGUACCCCGAGGGCGGCGUGAAGGUUUUGAUCACAGGCCCAUGGUCAGAGACAGACGGACGAUACUCCUGUGUGUUUGACCAGAGCAGAGUUACAGCUUCUCUCAUCCAGCCAGGAGUCCUGCGCUGUUACUGUCCGGCUCAUGAAGCUGGACUCGUCGCUCUGUACGUGUUGAAGGACUCCAGCGCCGUCUCCUCCUCAGUGUUGUUCGAGUAUCGUGCUCGCAACGCCUCGUCCUUACCGAGCUCACAGCUGGACUGGUUAUCACUGGAUGAUAACCAGUUCAGGAUGUCAAUUCUGGAGCGUUUGGAGCAGAUGGAGCGGAGAAUGGCAGAAAUGUCAAGUAACAAUCAGCAGAAUCAACACAUGAAUCACUAUCAUCAGCAGCUGUCGAGGAACCAGAGCUCUGCUCCGCGCUUGACUCCUGAAAACCAGUCGGGGCUGUGGUUCGAGCGCAGGAUCGUGGCCGUGUGUGAGCGGAUGAUGGCCGGCGGUCGCUGGGAUCGAGACGCUGAGAGAGACACACUCACACACUCCGUCAGACACAGAGGGAUGACACUGCUGCACCUCGCCGCCGCGCAGGGAUACACACAGCUCAUACACACACUCAUACGCUGGAGGAGUAUCAGUGUGAAUAGUCUGGAUCUGGAACAGGAAGUGGAUCCUCUGAACGUUGAUCAUUUCUCCUGCACACCUCUGAUGUGGGCGUGUGCUCUGGGUCAUCAGGCCGCGGCGGUGUUGUUGUACCGCUGGAGCAGUGCGGCUCUGGGGAUCCCGGACUCUCUGGGACGUCUUCCUCUGGCCGUGGCACGUUCACGAGGACACACACGUCUAGCGCGCUGUCUGGAGGAGCUACACACACACUCUCAGACGCAGGAACACACACUGGACACACCCUCUCCUCCGUCUCCACUGUCCAGCAGCCCUGACACGGGUCUGAGCUCGUCUAGCAGUGUCCCCUCCCCCAGUGACCCGCCCUCUCCCUCCCCAAGCUCCGCCUACUCCAGUGGCUCUGUUCCUGACCCCAUGGACUCCGCCUCCACCCCCUCCUCCCCGUUCUCAGCCCCGCCCCCGGCUGGUUCCACCGACUCGCUCUUCCUGAUGGACUGUGAGGUCUCGAGUCCCUCGGCCCCGGAGCUCGCCGACGAGCUGCUCAGCUACAGCGAGAACGCCGAGAACGAGGACUUCCUGUCUGACGAGGUCCUGCAGGUUGACAUGGCAACGCUGGCCGAGCAGAUCAUCGAGGCCACUCCUGAGCGAAUCAAACAGGAGGAGUUUAACCGGGAGGCGGAGUCACCACUGCGAGAGAGGCGGGACAAUCCUGCCAUUCACGACACCAUGCCGUGGCUCGCCACAUACCUGGACACCGUCGACAGGGGUCUGUGUCCCACCCCUCCCUCGCUCCUCAGUGAUUUGGCGCUGCAGAGGCUCCGCCCCCCAAGCAGCGUGGCGUGGGCGGAGUUUCUGAACGCCUCAGCCAAUGGAAGGAUGGAGAGAGACUUCGCUCUGCUGACGCUGACGGACACGGAGCAGAGAGAGCUGUAUGAAGCUGCACGUGUCAUCCAGAACGCCUUCCGCAGAUACAAGGGGCGGAGGCUAAAGGAGCAGCAGGACAUGGCUGCAGCAGUAAUACAGCGCUGUUACCGCAAAUACAAACAGCUAACUUGGAUAGCACUGAAGUACGCUCUCUAUAAGAAGAUGACGCAGGCGGCGAUACUGAUCCAGAGUAAGUUCCGCAGUUAUUACGAGCAGAAGAAGUUCCAGCAGUCUCGGCGAGCGGCCGUCCUCAUCCAGCAGUAUUACCGCAGCUAUAAAGAGUACGAGCGCGUCAAGCAGGGCCCGCGCGGCCCCGGGGCCCUCAGCACCAAGCUCAAAGGCUCGUUCCUGACCAAGAAACAGGAUCAGGCCGCGCGGAAGAUCAUGCGCUUCCUCAGACGCUGCAGACACAGGUACACACACGUCUAGAUACUGAGCUGUUAACUCACGCCAGCCCUUCUCAACCAGAGCCCUCCAGAGAAACAUGAUCUAGAACA